ACAUUUUUCUCCACUGCACAAAUGUUACACAAUCGUGUACCUUCGUGCGUAAAAUGGUUCGCUCCACCUGCAGCCCUCAGUCUAUAAACUCCUGCAAAGCUCUUUAAGCCCCUUAGUUUUAUCUCUGACUUCAGCAAAGAUGAGUCACGGAGACCGUUACACCUCGUCGUCCUACCGGAAGAUUUUCGGGGAUUCUCCCAAGUUCCCCGUGUCCUCCUCUCGCAUGGGCAGCGCCUCUCACCGGGGCUCCCCGGGGCUCAGGUCCAUGGCGGGCUCCCGCAACAGCGGGUCCUCCCUGAGCCUGUACAGACGGAUCGGUCGCUCCACCUCUUAUUCUCCGGUACCCAGCGACUCCCUUGACUUGACUCAGACCUCCGUGGUCAACAAUGAAUUCAAAGUUAUUCGAACUAACGAGAAGGAGCAGCUGCAGGGUCUGAAUGACCGCUUCGCCGUGUUCAUUGAUAAAGUGCGCCACUUGGAGCAGCAGAAUAAGGUGUUGGAGAUGGAGCUGGUGUCACUGCGGCAGAAGCAGGGCGAGCCAUCCCGUGUGGCUCAUCUCUACCAGCAGGAGCUGAUAGAACUGCGCUCGCAGGUGGAUGAGCUGAGCCGGGACAAAAACCGCAUCCUGAUCGAGAGGAACAACAUGGAGGACGAGCUGCAGAAGCUCAGUGUGAAGUAUGAUGAGGAGAUGAGGGUACGGGAGGAAGCUGAGCAGACUUUGAGGUCCUUCCGGAAGGAUGUGGAUGACGCCACAGCCGUUCGCCUGGACCUGGAGCGCCGUGUGGAGUCACUGAUGGAUGAAAUCUCCUUCCUGAGGAAAGUACACGAUGAGGAAAUCCACGAGCUGAGCAGCAUGAUGGAGGAGCAGCAUGUCUCCGUGGAGCUUGAACCCGCCAAACCGGACCUCACCUCGGCUCUGAAGGAGAUCCGCAACCAGUACGAGUCCAUCGCCUCCAAAAACCUGCAGUCUGCCGAGGAGUGGUACAAGAGCAAGUUUGCCAGCCUCAGCGAGCAGGCCGCCAGGACCAACGAGGCCAUGCGGGCUAGCAGGGAGGAGAUCAGUGAGUUCAGGAGGCAGCUGCAAUCCAAGACGAUUGAGAUAGAGUCCCUGAGGAGCGCCAACGAGUCUUUGGAGAGGCAGAUCACAGAGAUGGAGGACGCACACAACGCUGAAGUCACAGCCAUGCAGGACACUAUUGGCCACCUGGAUACUGAGCUGAGGAACAUGAAGGGUGAGAUGGCCCAGCACCUGAGAGAGUAUCAAGACCUGCUCAAUGUCAAGAUGGCCCUGGAUAUAGAGAUAGCUGCCUACAGGAAACUGCUGGAGGGGGAGGAGACUCACUUUAACUCAGGGAUAUCCUUUGGUGCUGCCAGCUACAGCUACCAGCCUCGAGCGUCAGCGUCCAGGAGCAGCCAGAGGGAGAAAGAGGGAGCCACCAAGGAAAGCUUCAAGGAGAGCAGUGAGGAUAAAGAUGAGGCAGACAUCAACUCCAACAACUGAAGGAAGACAGGCAGGGAAAUCUGGAAAGUGGGAAAAGAGAUAUGCCGUAUAUGUAUAGUAAAGUGAGUUCAUAGUCACAUACUGUAUUUGUUAAGUGCAACACUAAGACGUUUUGGAAUUAGAGCUGGGUGAUUAGCAACAUCUUGUAGCUGAAACGUUCUUCUAAUAAAUACAACAUUUGAUGUUUUUCCUGGGACAUUGUUCUCAGCAUAGGCGGCGAUUUAUGUUUUCCUCCGUGGGUGCU